UGAUCUCUCCUCUCCCUCUCUCCCUCUCACCUCAGAGGCUCAGACAAUAAGAAAAACUUCACUUCCCCGAGGCUGCGCCAGCGGCAGCUGAGGCCCGCAGAAGCACAACAACCCAAGCAAACAAGAAACGCAGCGCAGGAAAACCGGAGAAGCAGAGGAGAGAGAAACACCACAGAACAGCACCCUACACGCAUACCCACGCCUCCUCUGUCUCUCUCUCUCCUCCGGUGCCUCUCUCUUUCUCUCUCUAGCUAGAGCCCCGGCCUGGCUGGCCAAAGACAAACGAGUCUGUGGUCUUCGUGUUGGCCGGUGUUGCCCUGCCUUGCCUUCUUGUGGUCGAUUCGUCCCCCGCCUCGCCUGCUCCCCUGUCCCUAUCGUGUCGGGGGGACACGCACACGACCGCGCACGGGCGUGCGGGACGGGCCUUCCUCCGACGGUGGACUCGCCGGCCAUGCGUGGGGCCCACUGAGCUCUCUCGCCGGCGAAGCUAGUGGUUGGUUAGUGGGCGGGUGGUCGGAGACUCGGAGAUGAUCAAGCAGCAGCAGCCGGCGAGCUCCGCCGGGCCGGCGGCGACUGCCUUGGCGGCAACUGGGUGCGAAGCGGAGAAGAAGGCGCCGGCGAUCAACUCGGAGCUGUGGCACGCCUGCGCGGGGCCGCUGGUGUCGCUGCCGCCGGCGGGCAGCCUCGUCGUCUACUUUCCCCAAGGCCACAGCGAGCAGGUUGCUGCUUCUAUGCAAAAAGAUGCUGAUGCACAUGUUCCAAGCUACCCAAAUCUUCCGUCAAAGUUGAUCUGCCUUCUGCAUAAUGUCACUUUACAUGCGGAUCCAGAAACAGAUGAAGUGUAUGCACAAAUGACUCUUCAGCCAGUUACUUCAUAUGGAAAGGAGGCUUUGCAACUAUCAGAGCUAGCGCUGAAACAACCAAGGCCUCAAACAGAGUUCUUCUGUAAGACACUGACUGCAAGUGACACAAGCACUCAUGGAGGCUUCUCUGUGCCUCGUCGAUCAGCAGAGAAGAUAUUUCCUCCCCUUAAUUUCUCCAUGCAACCACCUGCUCAAGAGAUACAAGCUAGGGAUUUACAUGAUAACAUAUGGACAUUCCGUCACAUAUAUCGAGGUCAGCCAAAAAGACAUCUGCUUACCACUGGCUGGAGUCUUUUUGUGAGUGGCAAGAGAUUAUUUGCUGGUGAUUCUGUCAUUUUUGUUAGGGAUGAAAAGCAGCAACUUCUACUAGGAAUCAGGCGUGCUAACAGACAGCCAACUAACAUAUCAUCAUCUGUCCUUUCAAGUGACAGCAUGCAUAUAGGAAUUCUUGCUGCAGCAGCCCAUGCUGUUGCCAACAAUAGCCCAUUUACCAUAUUUUACAAUCCUAGGGCCAGUCCUACAGAGUUUGUCGUACCAUUUGCUAAAUAUCAGAAGGCACUCUAUGGUAAUCAAAUAUCUUUAGGAAUGCGCUUUCGCAUGAUGUUUGAAACUGAGGAAUUAAGCACAAGAAGGUACAUGGGUACAAUAACUGGCAUAAGUGAUCUAGAUCCAGUAAGAUGGAAAAACUCACAGUGGCGCAACUUACAGGUUGGCUGGGAUGAGUCUGCAGCAGGCGAAAGGCGGAAUAGGGUUUCAAUCUGGGAAAUCGAACCUGUUGCUGCUCCAUUUUUCAUAUGCCCUCCACCAUUUUUUGGUACAAAGCGUCCCAGACAAUUAGAUGAUGAGUCCUCAGAAAUGGAGAAUUUCUUAAAGAGGGCAAUGCCUUGGCUUGGUGAGGAGAUAUGCAUAAAGGACCCUCAGACGCAAAACACCAUAAUGCCUGGUCUGAGCUUGGUUCAAUGGAUGAACAUGAAUAUGCAGCAGAACUCCUCAUUUGCAAACACAGCGAUGCAGUCUGAGUACCUACGGUCACUAAGCAACCCCAACAUGCAAAAUCUUGGUGCUGCCGAUCUCUCGAGACAGUUAUGCCUGCAGAACCAGAUUCUGCAACAGAACAGCAUUCAGUUUAAUUCUCCCAAACUUCCUCAGCAAAUGCAGCCAAUGAAUGAGUUGUCCAAGACAGCACUUCCACUGAAUCAGCUUGGUGUGAGCACCAAACCGCAAGAACAGACUCAAGAUCCUAGCAAUCUGCAGAGGCAACAACAGUCCAUGAACCAACUACUUCCCUUGAGUCAAUCUCAAACCAGUUUUGUCCAGGCUCAGGUCCUUGUCCAGAAUCAAAUGCAGCAGAAGCAGCCUCUGUCCGUGACUCAAAAUCAGCAGCCAGCUGCCAGUCAGCCACUGCUCCUGCCCCAGCAGCAGCAGCAACAACAACACAAGUUGCUACAGCAGCAGCAGCAGCAGCAGCAGCUUUUACUUCAGCAACAACAAUUGCAACAACAGCAACAAACUCAGCAGCAGCUAAAUAAGAUCGCUGUGCCGAAUCUGGCGAAUCAGCAGCUGCAACUCUCUGAUCAGCAACUUCAUCUACAACUGUUACAGAAAUUACAACAGCAGCAGCAGUCAUUGCUGUCACAACCUGCUGUUACUCUUGCACAAUUACCUCUAAUCCAAGAGCAGCAAAAAUUGCUUCUUGAUAUACAGCAGCAGCUGUCAAACUCCCAUUCACUUACUCAACAACAAACGAUGCCUCAACAAAGCGUUCCAUCACAGGCUACUCCACCACCACCGCCCAUGCAACAAGAGUCACAGCAGAAGCUUCCACAGAAGCAUGUUGGGUUCGCUGACACAUCACAAGCUGCCAUUCCUCUUACUACAUCAGUCAACACCAUUUCAGCAGCUGGAAGUCCUUUGAUAACAACUGCUGCUACACAUUCUAUACUUACCGAAGAAAUCCCUUCUUGCUCAACAUCUCCUUCAGCAGCUAAUGGUGACCAUCUUUUACAACCAGUCCUUGGAAGGAACCAACAAUACGGCAUGAUCAACAAUGAGAAGGUGCCUCAGUCUACUGCUCCUAUGUCAAUUCCAAGCUCACUUGAAGCUGCCACGGCGACGCCAAGAAUGACCAAGGAAUUACCGAGGUUGAAUUCUAAUGCCAGGCAAAGUAUAAUGACUUCAAAGUUACCAAAUCCAGGGCCUGGACCUCAGAAUUUGGUGAACAGUGGAACCCCGACAGACUUUCUGGAAACAGCUUCAUCAGCAACUUCAGUGUGGCUUUCCCAAACAGAUGGACUUUUACAUCAAGGUUUCCCCAUGCCUAACUUCAAUCAGCAGCAGAUGUUCAAAGAUGCACCUCCUGAUACUGAAAUUCAGGGUGUAGAUCCUAGUAAUAAUGCAUUGUUUGGAAUAAACAGUGAUGGUCAGCUGGGCUUCCCCAUGGGAGCAGAUGGCUUCCUGUCAAAUGGAAUUGAUACUGCCAAGUAUGAGAAUCAUAUGUCAGCAGACAUUGAUGGUAGCUACAGGAUCCCAAAGCCAAAGGAUGCUCAGCAAGAAAUAUCAUCGUCCAUGGUUUCACAGUCAUUUGGUGCAUCAGAUAUGGCAUUUAAUUCAAUUGACUCUGCUAUCAAUGACAGUGCUUUCUUGAACAGAACUUGGCCGCCUGCUGCUCCCCUAAAGAGGAUGAGGACAUUUACAAAGGUGUAUAAACGUGGAGCAGUAGGCCGGUCCAUUGACAUUAGUCAGUUCUCUGGAUACGAUGAAUUGAAGCAUGCCCUGGCUCGCAUGUUCAGUAUUGAGGGGCAGCUUGAGGAACGGCAAAGAAUUGGCUGGAAGCUAGUCUACAAGGAUCAUGAAGAUGACAUCCUACUUCUUGGUGAUGACCCUUGGGAGGAAUUUGUCAACUGUGUGAAGUGCAUUAGGAUCCUGUCACCUCAGGAAGUGCAGCAGAUGAGCUUGGAUGGUGAUCUGGGGAACAACAUUCUCCCCAACCAGGCCUGCAGCAGCUCAGAUGGCGGGAAUGCUUGGAGGGCUCGCUGCGAUCAGAAGUCCGGUAACCCAUCUGCCGGUUCAUAUGACCAAUUUGAAUGACCUGACCUGCUAGUCCAUACACGCCGUGCUGUGCCGGUCCAAGUAGGCAUCACCUGAACGGUGAUAGGCGAAAGGCGUGCAGGGGCAGAAUGUUGUUGUAGAUGUGUUGUCAGUUUACAUCCGGGAGAGCAAAUGGCUUGAUGGAUUAGUAAUGUUUUUGUUUAUAUGUGUAGAUUUUAUCACAUGGAAAGAAGUAGGGAUGGUAAAUGAAGCUUACUGUAGGUCAAAGAUGAUGUUGUACUAUGGGAAAGGCAUGCUUUUGUAGUAAAUCUGCUGCUUCGGCUGUUUAGAUGCCAUUGUUUAAAGAUGUACACGUAUCUCAAAUUGCAAGCCGCGAUCAUUUCUUUA